CACAACCUCAAUCACCACAAAGAUGCCUGCCGCCAAAGUACAGGACGUACAGCCGAAGAAGCGUGUGCUCGUCGACGCACCCUCUUCCCGCCAGAACAUCCAGAAAGACAGCCCCUCCAAGCGUAGGAAGCUCAAUGGCCAACCCAAGAACUUCAAGACACCCGGCGGUCCCAACUCUAGUCAAGUCAAGAGCCAGUUCGAAGAGGAAGUCCUCGAGAAGUUGACACAAGAUCUCGAUCAUCUCAAGCAACACAAUGCCGAGAAAGACCAACAAUGGGCUCGACCAAGCCUGGACGACUUCGACGAAACAAGAGACAGUUUGUGCUUCCAACAGAUCGAAGCUGAAGAAGGCACUCUUCAUGGCGGAAAGACGUGUAUCAAGCUCUUUGGUGUCACCGAGACCGGCCAUUCCGUCCUAUUACACGUAACCGACUUCAUGCAUUACCUUUACGUAGCCGCACCUACUGCGUUCCAACAGAGCGACUGCGAGUCUUACAAGGCAUACCUCGAGACUCAUCUCGCUCAACAUCAACCCGUCAUCUACUCGGUACAAAUGGUUCUCCGUGAGAAUCUAUACGGCUUUCAAGGAAACGUAAAGAGUCCUUAUCUCAAGAUCACUGUCACGGACCCAAAACACAUCAACAAGCUGAGGACUUCGAUCGAGAGUGGAGGUGCCAACUACAAAGGUCUCUGGAAGGGCGCCGAUGGCGGUGUUCUUACCUUUGACAGCAUCCAAUAUGUGCUCCGCUUCAUGAUUGAUACAAAGGUCUCGGGCAUGUCCUGGGUCGAGACGCCUGCAUCUAAGUACACUGUGAUUCCCGCCCGCGACAGGCAUUCCAACUGUCAGAUCGAAGCCUUCUGUCACUACAGAGAUCUCAUCGCCCAUCCCGCCGAGGGAGAAUGGGCCAAGAUGGCUCCUUUGAGAACUCUCUCAUUCGAUAUCGAGUGCGCUGGUCGCAAAGGUAUCUUCCCAGAAGCCAACGUGGAUCCUGUUAUCCAGAUCGCGAACGUCGUCACAAGAUACGGAGAGGAAAAGCCGUUCGUGCGCAAUGUCUUCUGCUUGGACACGUGCAGUUUGAUCGUCAAUACACAAAUUUUCGAGUUUGCAGAUGAGGACAAGAUGUUGAUGGCCUGGCGAGACUUCCUGGAGAAGGUCGACCCAGAUGUCAUCAUCGGCUACAACAUCUCCAACUUCGAUUUCCCCUAUCUGCUGGACAGAGCGAAGCACCUGAAGUGUGGAAAGUUCCCAUUCUGGUCAAGAUUACGAAACGUCCAGUCUGUUGCAAAGGACACAAACUUCUCGAGCAAGCAGAUGGGCAACAGAGAUACAAAGGCAACCAACACCAACGGCCGUCUUCAACUCGAUCUGCUUCAAUUGAUUCAGAGAGACCACCAGCUCAGAAGUUACACUCUCAAUUCCGUCUGUGCACAUUUCUUGAACGAACAGAAAGAAGACGUACAUCACACUAUGAUUACUGAGCUGUUCAACGGUACCCCAGAGUCACGACGAAGAUUGGCUGUUUACUGCCUGAAAGAUGCUUACCUUCCACAACGUCUUAUGGACAAGCUCUUGUGUCUCGUCAAUUACACUGAGAUGGCCAGAGUCACGGGUGUGCCAUUCAAUUACCUCCUCUCUCGUGGACAGCAAGUCAAGUUCAUCAGUCAACUCUUCCGAAAGGCUUUGGAACAGCAACUUGUCAUCCCCAAUCUCCGCAGCGAAGGAACAGACGAACAGUACGAAGGUGCUACAGUCAUCGAACCCACCAGAGGUUAUUACGACGUUCCCAUCGCCACUCUCGAUUUUGCCUCGCUGUAUCCAAGUAUCAUGCAGGCUCACAAUCUGUGCUACACCACUCUGCUCAACAAGAAUGCUGUCGACAAGUUGGGCUUCAAAAAGGAUGAGGACUACAUUGUCACGCCUAAUGGUGAUCUCUUCUGCACGGCAAAAAUCCGAAAGGGUCUCCUCACNCAGAUUCUGGAAGAACUUCUGGGUGCCAGAAAGCGUGCCAGAAAGGAGUUGGCUCAGGAAAAGGACCCAUUCAAGAAAGCUGUCUUGAACGGUAGACAGCUGGCUCUGAAGAUCAGUGCAAACAGUGUGUACGGUAUCACGGGAGCUACAGUUGGAAAACUUCCCUGUCUUGCCAUUGCCUCAAGUACGACUUCUUAUGGUCGUCAAAUGAUUGAAAAGACCAGAGACGAGGUCCAAAAGCGCUACACCAUCGCCAAUGGAUACAGCCAUGAUGCUGAAGUUAUCUAUGGUGACACCGAUUCGGUCAUGGUCAAAUUUGGUCCUAAUGAUCUUGCGAAGGCUAUGGAGCUGGGCGAGGAAGCGGCCAAUUACGUUUCUUCCAAAUUCAUCAAGCCUAUCAAGCUUGAAUUCGAGAAGGUUUACUUCCCAUAUCUUCUCAUCAACAAGAAGCGUUACGCCGGACUGUACUGGACCAAUCCCAACAAGUGGGACAAGAUGGACAGCAAAGGUAUCGAGACUGUCAGAAGAGACAACUGUCGUCUUGUACAGACGGUCAUCGAGACGAGUUUGCGCAUGCUGUUGAUCGAUCGCGACGUCCAAGGCGCCCAAGACUUCGUCAAAGAGACUAUCGCCGAACUGUUGCAAAACAAGGUCGACAUGUCCAAUUUGGUGAUCACCAAAGCCCUGACCAAGAACGACUACGCUGCCAAACAGGCUCACGUGGAGCUCGCUGAGCGUAUGAAGAAGCGUGACGCUGGUUCUGCUCCUGCACUUGGUGAUCGUGUCGCAUAUGUCAUGGUCAAAGGUGCAGCUGGCGCAAAGAACUACGAGAAGUCCGAAGACCCCAUCUUCGUGUUGGAGAACAACCUUCCCAUCGACACAAGAUACUACCUCGACAACCAGCUCGCCAAGCCUCUAGGUCGUAUCUUCGAGCCCAUUUUGGGUGAGAAGAAGGCUGGUCAGCUUCUGACUGGUGAGCACACCCGAUCCAUCAGUGUUGCUGCUCCGACCAUGGGUGGUCUGAUGAAGUUCGCCAAGAAGACCGAGACCUGCAUGGGUUGCAAGAAGCCUUUAACCGGCAAGGACGAGAAGGGUGGCGCUGUCUGCGAGAACGACCGUGACCGUCUCGGCGAGCUGUACCAGAAGACUCUGAGCAAGGUCGCUGAACUCGAGGUCCGCUUCGCCCGCCUCUGGACCCAGUGCCAGAGAUGCCAGGGCAGUAUGCACAACGAAGUCAUCUGCUCCAGUAGAGAUUGCCCCAUCUUCUACAUGCGCAUGAAGGCCAAGAAAGAUGUCGAGGACUCGGGCAAGGAGCUCGUCCGUUUCGACAAUGACGGUGCUCUUUGGUAAGUUGCCUAGACGAGUUUCUUUUUUGCGCGGCGUUUGAUGGCGAAUAUGGAUUGGGCAUGCAUUAGAUCAUUAUGAGGGAACAUGGGAAGGAUGAAACUUGCUCGAUCAGCGUAAUGGGGAUUCCGGAACUCGGACAAGAACAGAAGACAUGCAUAUGUAUCGAUAUAUGACUAUACGAGCUUUGAAUUAGCAAAAGACAUGUUUUACAACC